AAAUGUACACUUUUAUGUCGAACGUUGACUAUGAUACAUAUAAGUUUGUGAUUAAAUUUAAUUACUCUCAAUUAUAACAAGCUUUAUAAUCAUUUAUUUUUAUAUUAAAUAGAUGUUUUUUUUUAAAUAAAUACAAGUUAUUUAGUAAUAUUUGUUUAUACGACGAACAUUUUUUGUGACUUGGGAAGGUCGAUCAUCUAUCGCUAUUUUGAUGAAUAAUAUCUUGGAACAUUCAUAAUUUUGGCGGUAUUAUGGCUUAUUGUAAAAAGCUUAACAAAAACAAAAAAUGCGGGAACUGCUAUUCUUUGAACGGACUAUUUGUACUGGUUUUUACGAUGAUUUUGAUGUUUGAAUCAGUUAGAAGUACAUUGGAAACGGAGUCAAAUAAUACCAGUUGUUCAAAUGCACUAACAUGCACUAAAUGUACAAUCAAAGCUCAAUGCCAAUGGUCUCUAAAACAACAGGAAUGUAUAGAAAAGACAAAUUUUUCAAAUUUAACAGCCACAAGUAUUUGGCUUUGUCCACAGCUUUCAGUUGAUAAACAUUAUAAUUAUGAUAGUAGUUUUAUUUCUCUGAAAUACACUUUGAAGGUAUCAAACGAUUUAGUAGGAUUCACGAAUUAUCUUCGAAAUAGUCAAAUGUUUUUACGAAGAACAUCGUCCUUUCAUAGUGCUAUAGUUAAGCAGAUAAUAAAUCAUAGUUUUAUAUUUAGAUUCAACACACCGACAGAGUACUUCAAUAUAUUGAAUAAUCAGUCUAUCACUGAAUUUCUUUUUAUUGAGUUCAAUGACGUAAUGCUGCGGUUCAACAACAUCGCCGAUCAUUAUGUUACGUUUUAUAGACGUGAUGAUAAAUGUGCCAAUGACGAGAAGGACAAAUCCUGUGCGACUUGUGCAUGGAAUUACAAUGGGUAUUCUAACUACUUGAAAUGGUGUUCGAUCGACAACGUCUGUGAAGGUCGAAAGCAGUUGUACCUGAAGAACAGAUCCGAAGAAAUAUUUCCUAUAAAUCAAUUUGUAGACCAGCGGAUUGAAGAAGCCUACGUGACGAAGGACUGUUCCGAAGUGAAAGUGAUAGACGUACACCCGCUGUCUGGACCGCAUACUGGUGGAACGGUGAUAACGAUCACAGUUAGAAACCACAAAAUAUUUGCGGAGGACACGACGAUACAGGUGAUGGUAGCAGGAACGGUGUGUACGAACCCCAGAACAUCAGGACCCGAGACGAUCAUUUGCACUACGUCACCUUGGGUAAACGUUACAGGAGAACCACCGACUCUCGGUCCGAUCCUGGUCAAAUACUCGUCGGACAAAGGUCGAUUAACGAUCGAAUCGUCGCAGAGGUUCCAGUAUGACGUGACUUGUGGCUCGACCAGUCCCAAACUGGACGAGAACCAACGACUUAGAGCCUCAGAAUCGGGAGACAUCAUCGUGCCGGUGCGUGGUGUUCAUUUCGUCAAACCAUGUGUUGUAUCCUCCGCCCAACUCUUCGUCGUACUGACAAAUGGUACUAUGCAGUUCGCGUCCAAUCAUUGUGAUAUACCGGUCAACGACACAUAUAUGGUCUGUCGAUCACCGAGAGUUGACAGCCGUGUAUGGCGUGACGAAUAUGAUUCGUUUAAUGAUGAACUCUUAUUGGAUUUCGGGUUGAAUGUAAUGAAUUUCAUCGGAAAUCAGUCGCUGUUGGUGAAAGGGCCAUCGGGCGAAUUUCACGUACUCUUCGAUCCGGUGCUAGUGGAUUUUAAUAUAAUAGAUAGUAAUGGUUCAGUAGAAUUCAACGGGCGCUACUUGAAUCACGUGCAGUCCGACGUCAUUCUAAUAAGGAUCCCAAAAUCAUCGGAGAAACGUUGCAAAUCCGUUCUGGACUGCUUAGUCGUGGCGUGUUGCGAAAAUGUGGUGAUUUCAGAACAACGUAUAAUAUGCAAGCCGAAUGUGACCAUCACUCCAGCUGCCACUUCAUCGCGCAACAUCUUGGUCAUGAUUGGCGAUCGGUUGUCGUACACCGUGCCCAAUAGAUCGCUACCCCCCGUACAAGGGUCCAUAAUUUCCGGCUGGCGCAGUGUUAUCAUCUGGUUGUCCGCGUGUCUGUUUAUUGUUUGCGUGUUGCUUUUUUAUCUUAGAAAUAGAAGUCAGUACAGAUUGACAAAAUCUGUUGACGACCCAUCAGUUGCUUCCACGAGAUCACAAGCUGGUCUACACUACGAUGUAAUUUUAAAUAGUUAAUUUAGUAGCAGUGUAUUCAUUUUGGCUGUAAUUACUUAUUAUUAUCUAAACAUAAUAUAUUACAAAAUAAUACGCGUUUUAUUUCCAAUUAUCCCAAAAAAUAAACAUGUUUUGAUAAAAUAUGUAUAAAAUAGUUUUUAGAAUAUUUCAAAUAAUUUUAUGUUAUUCAAUGUUUUGAGGACGCCAUUAUAAAAUUAUACCAAUAUUAAUAUGCUCA